AUGAAGCACACUUACGAGAACGCACUCAAACUCCUUGAAACGAGAAGACGUAGCGCCCGACCGACUGGUCUGACAACUCCAGUUUCCACCGUCCAAGAUACGACGACCGUGAAUCGGAAUUCUGGCAGAGGCGUACCAAGCUUGGUUGGAAUGAAGGAAUGGCUGCAAAUUCUAGGGCACUCAGAUAAUGCGGUCGACAGCUUGAAUGUAAUCCAUGUCAGCGGCACGAAGGGAAAGGGCAGCACCUGCACUUUUACAUGCAGCUUCCUUCGUGCACAUAGCCUGAGGACAGGGUUCCCCAAGAGGAUUGGACUCUAUACCGGUCCACAUUUACAAUGCGUUCGCGAAAGAAUACAAAUUGACGACCAUCCAGUCGCGGAAGAGAUGUUUACCCGAUAUUUCUUCGAAGUGUGGGAUCGCAUUAUGCCCAAGGGUACAGAACUGGAUGCGGGAGUCACAAAGCAGCCCCGAUACCUACAGUUCCUCGCCAUAUUGGCUUUCCACACCUUCAUCAAAGAAGAGGUUGAUGCGGCAAUAUUUGAGGUCCACCAUGGCGGAGAGAAUGAUGCAACAAACGUGAUACGAAAUCCCGUUGUCACCGGAAUCACGUCUCUUGGAAUGGACCAUGUUGCACAGCUUGGACCUACCGUUGAGACGAUUGCCUGGCAUAAAGCAGGAAUAUUUAAACCAGGUGCACCCGCCUUUUCUGUAACCCAGGACCCAGGCCCCGCGGAAGUUAUGCGAAAGCGUGCUCUUGAUAAAGGCACUACUUUGACGUUCAUAUCAGCAAAUGAGUGCCUUCCCAAUGGUAGAGUACUCAGCGUCCCAGUACAACGAUUGAACUGCUCCUUAGCGCUUGAGCUCACUAAAGCAUUUCUUCAAACCAAGGCACCUGGCCAUAUACUUAGCGAUGCAGACAUCUAUCAUGGUAUAGAAAGUUUCCAGCUGGCAGGGAGAUUUGAGAUUAUUGAUGAAGGGCAAUUACAAUGGUUUGUGGAUGGGGCACAUAAUAUUCUGAGUUUAGAACAAACUGCAGAAUGGUUUGCCAAGAACACAAAUGAGCAAAAAAAUAAGGUGACACCUGGCCAUGUCAUCUUUACUACAUAUCAAGAGAAAGAUGGUGACCCUAUCAACCAAUCCAUCAAAGACUCUAAGCCACUAUCACAUGACGUAUGCGCUCUGUACAGCUCAGUGUGGAAGGAACUUGAUCCACAGGCUAUGGUUACAACUACACCAACAAUUGAGGGGGCAGUAAGGCUUGCAAGGGAAAUAGGGGACCGUGAAGAGGGAAUGCAAGUCCUUGUUACGGGGAGCUUACACAUGGUUGGUGGAGCACUCAGCCUUCUGAGGCCAUCGUCGCGUACACAAAAAUUAGCGUCAUGA